AUGGGGAGUCGUUUCUACAUACGGAACUUUAUACUUUUUGGCCUUCUGGCCAACAGCCAACUGCAGAUUCCAGUCGGAGAAAUGGAGUACAAUCUGGACAUGGAAAUCAGUGGCUUGUUCCACAUACUCACAGAUGUGCAGAAAUAUUUUGGAAUUCAUAGUAUCAUCACAUAUAGGGGCAAAGUCGAUCUAAAUCCUUCGCUGGAACAGCUUCUAAUGGAUAGAUUUUCUCUACCGCUCUACACCAUUCGACCCGAUGAGGGACCGCUUAAUCGGAGCUAUAACCAUUCUGGAGUUUUAAUAAUUGUUUUUUUCACUGGCUUGGAUGAUCCCAUAAUGGAGGCCAUUAAUGACGCUAAUCUUCGAAAAAACCUAAGGUUCAUUGCCUUCAUAUAUGCUUCACCGCGUAAUGAGAAGAAGCACUUUACCACUGAAGUUAUUCGCGAGUUUUUCGAGUGGUGUUGGGAUCGGAGUAUCGAUAAAACAGUGCUCAUUGUCCGUGACAAGACCAAUAUCGACAUGUGGUCUUAUUAUUAUUUGGGAAAAAUUUACGUCCUUAGGUUUGGAGUCGUACAUUCGUUUUUGGAGGCGCUGCGAAAGAUUCGCUUCAAUUUAACAGUUCAAGUAGUUAAUGAUCCUCCAUUUGUGUUUUGGUACAACUCAUCGGAUCAAGCGGAUUUGACUGGAAGCAAUGUUAGUUUGUCCGGCUCCAUUGGCCUGAUGAUUGUGGAGUUCACACGAUACCUUAACGCCACCAUCAACAUUAUUCCGAUUCCGGGACAGCAGACUGCUCGGUACGAGAUUUUUCAGAUGCCAGGUAACCAGACCCCCGAUAUAGUGGCCAACGUGGUGGACGACAACAGCAUUAGGGCCUUCAGUCCCAUGGUGGCGGAAUCUCAGAUCUGCCUGGCAGUGCCGAAUCGUCGGAUGAUUCCACCGUACAGAUAUAUUGACAAGAUCCUGAGCCCCGGCAUGUAUCCAGCCCUACUCCUUUCAAGUCUCGGCGUGUUUCUGAUUAAGUACUUCUCCCAACGACGACGAUCGUUUCUGGACCCGAUCUUCAACACCAUUCGUUUUCACCUGGCUAUUCCGCUGCCCGGUGGUCAGUUGCAUCGAUUGCCCUUGGCGGAUAAGUUAGUGGAAGUAUUCUCAUUUUUUUUCCUGGGACUCUUAAUAAGUGCAAGUGUAUCGGUAAUGUCCACCACCAUGACAACGGGCAUUUGGGAACCACCGAUCACGAACGUUGAAACGAUGCGAGCUAGUGGUCUUAGGAUCAUGACGGACGAUCCAACAAUUCCGCAGGCUUUUAUGUAUGAUGUUAUGCCCAGAUCGCUGGCAGACCUCGUAUUUGUCGUUGAUACAGAGACAAUGUUUCACCAUAUUACCUGUUUGAACAGCAGUUACGCGUAUGUGAUAAGAACGCCCAAUUGGGGAGCAUUUCGGCUAUACCAGCAGCGGAUGAAGAGGGAGUUCUUUCAAAUUGCUGGCAAGGAACUCUGCUCCAGUAUGCGUCCCAUCCGAGUGCCCCUUUCUCCAAAGUCCGCGCUGAGGUUUUUCUUCAUAGAUUAUUACCGUACUGUAUUCAAGUCUGGACUCAUACACAAAUGGGUUCAGAUGGGAUUCAAUAAGUUCCGUGAAAUUAAGAACUUAAAAAAAUUGCCUAUCGAAACUGACGAAUAUUUUAGACCGCUGUCGAUAGAUUUUUUUUGGGUCUUCAUAUGCAUUUACAUAGGCGGAAUGUUUGUCAGCAUAUUGGUAUUUUUUAUGGAAUUGCUUGUCCACAGAUAUUGGCGUUAA